AUGUUCUUGGGGUUGUUAGCUUGCCUGUUUUGUACCGCUGUGAAAGCUGAUAAAGGAAAAGAGGGUAAGCUCUUUUAAUUUUCAUCUCGUUCGUUUUGUGAAGGCGCCGUUUCUUUUAAUAGAGAACUUUAUAUUCGAAGACGAGAACGACAACGGUUUCGAGAUUUGACAGGAAGUUUUUUCGCAAAUUCGCAAAAAAUAGACAUCCCGGAAAGCUUCAUUGUACUUUUGAUUCACCAAAAAAGUUAGCACUGUUAUCUUUAUUGAAGGAGGUUAAGCCCUCUCCCGAUAGUUAAAACUUCUAUUAUUUGACAACUUGUUUCCGCCAUUACGACAUUCUAGCUAAAACGCGUCGUAGAAUGACAACCGCUACCACGUUUUUUUCUGCCAAAAUGACGCUGGUUCACGCGCGAACACUUCUAAGUAUUGAGACAAUCUCUUAGUCGUAGUCGAUCUCGUCUUCGAAUCUAACGGUGUCUGUUAACAAACCGGCACUACAACUUUCGUUUAUCUAAAUCUCUUCGUAAAAGGUGUUUUCGUGAAUCAAGAGAUUUAACUUUCUCUUUAUUCUCAGCUGAUUCCAGCAAAGAUCAAACUCAAGAUGGCGGGAGCCACAAGCUAGGUAGGAUUUUUCGUUCCUCAUACAUAAUAUACUGGCCAAACUGCGUAGUUGUCUUGGGUGUGGCUAUUGUUUCCAGUUGGUUUUUAUAUCAUGGAUGGCAGUUUUUUAGACGUCCUAAAAAUCCCUUUUUUUGGUGGGGAAACAGAACGUUAUAUUCCAAUUCCCUGAUCUUUAAACAUCUUUAGUACUCUCUUAAGUCACUUAAUUAAAUGGUAGGAAAAAAACGCCUCUUAAAACCAACUGCCCUUAUCUUGCCCUUAUCUUGUCAGUUAGCAUGGAAAUUUAUCGCAAAUCUACCUUGAUCUUUCUUAGCUGCUCUCCUCUUUUCCCUGGCUUUCGUUUUGUUAACCUCUUUAUCGCCUUUCUUUGCUACGGAAUUGUGGCUGGCUAACUUUCUAGGAAAGGACGAAAUUUUAUCUAUAAAGAGUACAAUUGGUAGUCAAUGUUUUGCCAAAAGUUAGCCUGUAUUUUGUGUUUAACUCUCUCUCUAUAAAUAAAGAAUAAAACACAUGUUAAAAACGUUUUCAAAGUAAAAUUUGGAAUUGACGCAACAAUGGAAUCUCCCAUAAACUAACGACCAGACGCUUAAUGAAUGUUUAUCAUGACCGAAAAUGAGUUUUGGCUAAAAUUGUUGCUUCUAAAAACUUUGAAAACUAAAGUUUUUAUUUGCCAGUUAUUUUCACUUUCUGUUAGAGUGCACUUCAGAGGAAGCCCAAGAAGUAGGUUGUCUACAUGGAGGAUCCUGUUUUGCUGUCGAAAUCGCGGGAGUAAGGCAUACAGCUUGUCAUUGUACAGCAGAGUUUACAGGCAAAAGGUGUCAAUAUCAGGCGAUUGAUCCAGAGCUUCUUAGCAGUGGACACUAA